UAUUAACAGUUUGCUAUCUGGCGCCGAGAGAAGAAGACUCAAGCGCGAAUUCGAUCACCGGUUUGGGGUCUUCAGACCCACUUGUUGGGCUGUCCCGUUACUUGCUUUAAGACUGAGUCUACAAGUCAUCACUCGAGUUCCUUAACUCGCACAUAAAAGUUUCGUUUUGCCGGUUGGAGCGGCCGUUUUUCCUCCUCUCCGAACAUGUCUAAACGGAGAAGCAGCACCGUCAUUGAAAACCCGGACAAGAGAAUCAGGUCAGAUGUGGAGGCUGAAGAGGACAACGAGGAGGAGGAGAACAUCGCUGAUAAUGAUCAAGAGGAUGUUUAUCAGCUGGAUGUUCAUCAGCUGGGUGUUGGAGAUGUGGUGAGUGAUGCAGGGAUUCUGGAGAGCAUCACCCUGAAGAACUUCAUGUGCCACUCCCUCCUCGGUCCUUUUGCUUUUGGCUCCAAUGUCAACUUUGUAGUUGGCAACAAUGGAAGUGGAAAAAGUGCCAUUCUGACGGCUCUCAUUGUCACCUUGGGGGGUAAUGCGCACGCCACAAACAGAGGAUCCUCCCUUAAGGAUUUUGUGAAAGAAGGAGAAAGUUCGGCAGACGUAUCGAUCACUCUGCGUAACAAAGGAAGAGAUGCAUUCAAACUGAAACUCUAUGGACCGUUGAUCACUGUGGAAAUGAGAAUAACACGAGAUGGGUUGAGAACCUACAAACUAAGAAGUCAUUUUGGUAGUGUCAUUUCAACUAAAAAAGAAGAACUAAUUUCUAUUCUGGACAAUUUUAAUAUUCAGGUUAACAAUCCUGUUUCAGUUCUCACCCAGGAAAUGAGCAAACACUUCCUGCACUCCAAAGGAGAGGGGGACAAGUAUAGGUUUUUUAUGAAAGCCACUCAACUGGAGCAAAUGCGAGAAACCUUCGUUUACAUUAAAACCACCAAACAAGCCACUCAGCAUAAAAUUGAACUACAAAAUGAAAAUUUAAAAAGACUGAGAGAGGAUUACAAGAGGGAGGAGGAGCGUUACAAGAGCUUGGCUUCUAUUGACGAAAUCCAGAACAAACUGGAAGAAUUACGGAAAGAAAUGGCCUGGGCGUUGGUUUCUGAGAUGGAGCGCAACCUGGAACCAAAGAAGGAGAAGCUGGAGGCAGACCGGCGGUCCACGCAGAAAUAUGAUGAGAAGGUCAACGAGUGGAAGAGUAAGGUUGAGGAAGCUGAGAGGAAAUACAAGCAGACGGAGGAGGACUUGGAAAGGAUCACCCAGCAGGUCCAGGAGCUUCAGCCCAAAUGUGUUGAACUGAAGACCGAAGCUCAGAAACGAAACAACGCACUCAAGUCCUGUGAGGUCACCGUUCACAGAUGCAAGGCAAACCUGAGAGACCUGGACAAGGAUAAAGUUCAACUUUCCUCACGAAUCAAAGAUCUCAAGUUUAGCUUCAGUCAGACCUCUGGAGCAGAGAGUCAGGCCAGAGCCGAGCGGGUCAGUCAGAUCCAGGCAGAGCUGGAGAACCUGAGCCAUCAGAAUUCCACUCUAGUGCAGCAGAUUGAGCAGUAUAGAAACGCUAACAUCCGCACCAAAGAAGAGCAAGGAAAGGUCAGGAGAGAGCAUGAAACCAUCAAGAGGUCUAUAGAAGCCAGCAGCAGAAACCUGAGGAUUUUAGAGAGCAGCCGCUCAAAUCGACUCCGGCGGUUUGGCGAGCACAUGCCCAACCUGCUGGACGCCAUCAAAGUAGCUCACCAAAGGGGCCAGUUCAAGCACAAACCCAGGGGACCUCUCGGUUUCUUGAUCAAUCUGAAAGACUCGGAGAUGGCCCUCGCUGUGGAGAUCUGUCUGAAGAACCAACUUCACGCCUUCACCUGUGACAACUACGAUGAUGAAAAGGUCCUGCAGGAACUCAUGAGAAAGUUCUACCCUACAGGCCGCAGGCCCGCCAUCAUUACCAGCCCCUUUUUUCCAAAGGUUCACGAUACAAGAAGGAGGGCCGUGAUUCAUCCUGAAUUCCCCUCCGUCCUUCAAGCUUUGGAAAUUGAAGACCCCAUUGUGGCCAACUGCCUCAUCGAUCAACGAGGCAUCGAGAGCAUUCUGCUCAUCAAAAAUAAUGUUCUAGCUCGGAAAGUGAUGCUGGGCAAAAAUCCUCCUCGGAACUGCACACAAGCCUUUUCCAAGGAGGGAGAUCAGAUCUUUACCAACCGAGUUUACUCUGCAGAUCAGACCCGAGCAAACUGUCUGUCCGGAGACGUUGAGGAGGAGAUCAGGCUGACGCAGAGAGAGCUGGAGAACCAGAAAGCCCAAGAAAAUCGUUUCCAGCAGCAAAUAAGAAAGCUGGACGACGAGAUCAAACAGAAUGAAAUAUUACUCAAAAAAUGCCAAAUGACCCAAAAGUCCACGAAAGACAAAAUGACAAAGCUGCAGCUGGAACUGACGGACCUGCAGAACGUAGAAGAACCUCAGUCAGAGGACCUCAAGGCGCUGGAGGAAGAUUUACAGGAGGUCGUCUCCAAGGUUUCAAUGAAGCAAACCCAAUAUGAUGAAGCAAAAGAUCAGAUGGCCAAACUGAAGGAGAACUAUGAGGAGGCGGAGCAGGAAUACAAGCAGCACAAAGAGUCCAUCAACACGCUUUUGGAGGAGGCGGAGUCAGUUAAGGAAGAUCUGAGUAAAACCGACCAGGAAGUAGUCAGAUGUAAACAUCACACCAAACACUAUGAAGAGAAGCGCAGCGGCCACCUUAAGAACAUCCAGUCUCUGGAGGCAGAACUUAAAAGCAAAGAGGAGGAACUGCAGGAGUCUGUGGCAAAGGCUGCUCAGAUUUGUCCCGAGCGUUUGGAAACCUCUCGACCGGCCAAGAGUUUGGACAGCGAAAUAAACCGCAUGAAAGUGAAGAUUGCGACCCAGCAGGAGCAACAAGGAGAUCGCAACGAGAUUGUCAGGCAGUUUGCGAAGGCCAGAGACAGCUACAAGAACAUGUCGCAGCAAAUCAAGAACCUCAACUCUUUCAUUAAAAGCCUGACCAGCGUCAUGAACCAAAGGCUCCAGGCGUACACCGAGUUCAGGAAAUUCUUUUCUGCUCGCUGUAAGUACUACUUUAACAGCAUGCUGGCUCAGCGAGGAUACAGCGGAAGUAUGAUCUUUGACCACAAGAACGAGACCCUUUCCAUUUCGGUUCAACCAGGUCAAGGAAACACGGCUGACCUGAGCGACAUGCGCUCCCUGUCUGGAGGCGAGCGCUCCUUCUCCACCGUGUGUUUUGUCCUGUCUCUUUGGGCCAUCACAGAGGCGCCUUUUCGCUGUCUGGACGAGUUUGACGUUUACAUGGACAUGGUGAACAGAAGGAUUUCUAUGGACAUGAUGCUAAAGGUGGCUUCAGGUCAACUCUUCAGACAGUUCAUUUUCCUCACGCCGCAGAACAUGAGUUCCCUUCCGAUAAGCAGCAACAUCCGUAUCCUUCGCCUCAAAGAUCCAGACCGAGGACAGAAUAACUCGUCCACAUGAAGAGAAGACAUGUAGCAUUUAGAGUCAGCAAGACGUUCCUCUGUAGAAACCUUUUUGGGCUGUUUGUAACCAGUUCAAGUAAAAAUGUAUUUUCAAACAUUUCCAGUAAAGUUUGUUGAAACUUUAAUAAGCUAAAGAUAAGAAUUUCUUCUUUCUGUUCAACUUUAUGGACUUAAAAGUCCACCACAAUUGUUAAUAAAUAAAAUACUUUUUAGACUGGAAA